CCUGACUAGACUUUAGUCUGUAAACUGUUAGUCAAACUUGUUAGCAGCUAACAAGUGACAGCUAGACUACACGUCCGUGUCCAGACGUGUUAAUAUAUUGUUCGUUUGUUUGUUGAACUGACGUUAUUAACGUAAUGAAGAGGAGGGUCGUUAAACACACAGAAGCCUCCCAUGGAUUCGAUGCAGCUCAAAGGACCAGAGUCCAGCGGGAGGGGGCGGAGGAGACACCGUCCAGAUGGUGGUGGAAAAGAUGCUUAUUGGCCCUGGUUGUUGUCCUCAUCUUGGUGCCUUUCUCACUGAGUGUAUUCCAAGGAUUAAUUCAGCAUUUUGUAUACACUUACAGAAUGAGGGUGCCAUUCUUUGUUGACCUCAGCCAGCCUGCUGAUUUCUCCCUUAAUCACACCAUCAACAUGUACUUUACAUCAGAGGAAGGAAUCUCCCUUGGGGUAUGGCACACUGUCCCUGAAAGUCAGUGGAAGGAAGCACAAGGGAAGGACUUGGCAUGGUACCAGAACACUUUAAGCAAUGGCAAACCGGUUUUCAUAUAUCUUCAUGGAAACACAGGGAAUAGGGCAGCCACUCAUCGGGUGGGAGUGGCAAAAGUAUUGAGUGCACUUGGUUACCAUGUGCUGGUGCCUGACUACAGAGGGUUCGGAGAUUCCUCUGGGGAGCCAACUGAGGCCGGUCUGACCACUGAUGCCCUCUAUGUGUACAACUGGGUCAAAACACACUGUGGAGACAGCCUGGUUGUCUUCUGGGGACACUCUCUUGGCACUGGUGUGUCCACUAACCUUGCAGUGAAACUGCUUGAGCAAGAUGUGGUUCUCGAUGGUGUGAUCCUCGAGGGUACAUUCAACAGUGCUGCAAUGAAAAUCACAGAGCAUUGUUUUACUUGGUAUUACUGGAAAUUUCCUGGCACUGGAUACUUUUUCCCAGAGCCAUGGGCGGAAAACAAGGUUGUCUUUCCCAGUGAAGAAAAUUUGAAGAAAAUGAAAAGUCCAAUACUUUUUCUUCAUUCAGAGGACGAUCACAUGGUUCCCAUUCGGAUAGUUGAGCAGAUGUACGAGGUAGCAGUGAGAUACCAAAAUGCAGAGAGAGUCAAAAUGGUGUCAUUUGACGGUUCUCUGGGGUAUCUGCACAACGGACUGUACAGAGACCCUCAUCUACCUGACAUCUUACAGGAGUUUGUGUUGUCAUUGCAACAUGGGACAGAAGACUGAAACAGAAAAGCCAUGUUUCAGAUGAACACCACUGAUUCAUUUUCAUCAUUCCAUUUGUGUUGCAUGAAUUCAAGAUCAAGAAUGUCUAUUAAAGUGGAAUUCUGGUAUUUUUCGACCCUAUGUUUAUAAAUGUGAAUAGUAUAGUAAGUUUCAUAAAUGGUCCAGUAGAUCACUCGUUCGCUCUCGCUCUCUUGUCACAGCAUCCACGCAUAUAUACACCUUGCCCUGACAGUCUGGCUUUCUCCAAAUAUUGGUGUCCCCACCGUCCAUAUGCAAACCUAUGCCCUUGUGUGUAUGAGUGCGCAAAUGCUGUGAGAGGAGAGCGAGAGUGAACAAGUGGAUUUUACGAGAAUCAGUGAACCAUCACAGCCGAGCAGAUACAUAGCUGCAAGUCACAGACGAGACAGGGGAGAGAUGUGCUGUACUGACAACACAGCAGUCUUGUAACCAAACCUACCCCCCUGGUAAUGUUUCCAGACUCUUACAAUAACAAUCCGAGCCGUUUAUUUGCAAAAACAAACACUAUUUAUGGAGAUAUAACUAUAAAUAAUGGCGAUUCCCCCAUAAAAUUAUACUGCAGCCACUACUGGACACUGCAGUCCAGUAGAUCACCUUAUGAAUCUUUUCAUGUACUAUUUACGUACACAUACAUUUAUAAACAUAGGGCCCAGGUCAAAAAAUACAAGAAAUCCCCUUGAACUGAAUACAGCAUUUUUCAUUGUCAGCAUUUGUUAGUUAUUUCAUUGAUUUAAUUGUCUUGUGUGAAUCACAUUGAACCACACAAACCUCUAUGAAAGGUGGAAUACAAAUAAGGUUUGAUCAUUGAAUGAAUGGAAACAUUGUUCACUUACAAAUGCUUGUUUUAAUAAACAGUAGAUUUAG